AUCAAAGGCAGCAAAAGUUGGAUGUAACUAGGUUGGAGGCCAUCGCUCUUAGGUUGGCAUCAAAGGCAGCAAAAGUUCUCAUCCUGUCAAAGCCUCGAACUCUGUUUCCAUGGUUCGAUGCUGCGAAUGCGCAAAAUGCGAUUGGCACGUCGAAACAGUUCAAGUGCAGGCUGCAAUACGUGACAGCAUCGAGGAGGACAUCGACGAUAUCAGCAGCAAUGAGCAAUGUGAAAAACAGGUCGAAGACCUCGAGAUACAGAAGACCCAGUCCAACCUUGUUUCGCAGAUCUCCUCUGUUCGGGCAUCGUUACAGCUGUCUCUAGGACACCUGAGCCUAGAUUUGCAGGACUUCAGCCUUCUACGUGGCACCCGAUUGGUCCAAGUCCUUAGACGUUUUGGAUCCGAACUACGUGCCAACAGUUUGAAAGACACUUUCACUCAAGAAGAAGCUGAACGGCUCUUCGGAAGAUCUGCUCAAGUUCAGAAGAUUGAUCACUUCAUUAGUCAUUGCUGGCAGGAUGAGCGCUUUGCAAAGGUGGUGGCACUACAUAUCCAUUGCAAUUUGCGACCAGCAGUUCUUAGCUCUUUAUUCCUGGCGAUGCUCGCGGUCAGUCUCACCCGCUUGAAGUUCUUGCCAGUCGUUGAAGCAGGAGUGAGCAACGAGAUUCCCCACUUUCCAUGGGGGCUUUGCGUUGGAAUGUCCUCCUUCUUCAUGAUCCUCUUCAGCUGGCAAUACCUCCAAGACCUUUGGAGUACCAAAGUCUAUUUCCUGGACAAAUUCUGUGUCCACCAGGGUGAUAGUCUGCUGAAGCAGCAGGGUGUGAGAUCCUUUGCGGCCUUCGUCGCUCAAUCGGAUCACAUGCUUUUACUCUGGAGCCCACAGUACUUCACCAGGCUUUGGUGUACCUUGGAGUUGGCUGCAUUGGUGAAAUCCAAGUCGCCAUCGUCCUUGCCCUUAAAGAUCUUUCCUUUACAAUUGGCGAAGAUGAGUUUGUACACCUGGUCCAUGGGUUUCAUGGUCUACGCGACCAACCAGUUCAAUCGGAUCGCUGGGCGCCCGAUCCCAGAUAUUUUGAUCUUGGCUUUGGCAUUGAUCAUUGGGGGCUACUUGCUGUGCAUGGCCUUCAGAAGAUAUGCACUCGAUCGGAAGGCGAUGAAUCAGCAAAUACAAAGCUUUUCCGUGGAGGACGCGAAAUGCUCAGACCCCAGCGAUCGUCAAUGGGUGGAGACAUCAAUGCUUCGAUGGUUCGCAGAUUUGCAGCUUUGCAAUCAACAUAUUCGAGAAGGACUUCGUGAACAGAUUCGACAUGUCUUGGGCCCAGAGGAUCAUUUCCCGACCACGCUGGCGUUUCCAAUCUUGUUGAUCAACUUGUACAAUGAUGGCGACUACUUUGCUGGAGGCUAUUUUGAUGGAAGCCCCCGUCGCAUCUUUGCUGCUGUCGGCUUCACAGCCUUUCUCUUUACUUUCAUUCCUCUGCUCUACAAGGUCUGCUUUUGCUUUUCUGAGAGGCGAAGCUGGAUUGUGGAAUUUCUUAUCAAUGCCUCAUUGUCUCUGGGUGCUACGAUCAUUACGGCUUGUGUCUACGUGGUCACUCACAACAUUGUAGCAAAUCCUGAGGUCUCGGCAUGGGCUUUGUCCAUCGUCGUGUUAGAAAUCCUCAUGGCUCUGUGGUUGCAGCGCGCCUCAUGGCGCCGCCGCUGAAUCUGGCGCCGCUGGGGUCGUGCCAGCAGAAAUUCAUGUCAUUUCAGGAGAAAUUCAUGUCAUUUAUAUUUUCGUAGGAUCUUUUUGAAAGCCCCACAGGUUUCCGACCUCCGGAAGUUGAUCUCCCAAAACGGAAUCUUUCCUUUGCCUGCUUGCUACUUGGUUGGUUCUGAAUCAACUUCCAGAGCUGUGGUGAAGUCCGCAAGUCAUGGGGGCUUGAUUUGCUCAAGCCCGAAAGAGCGGAACGGGACGUCUUGGACGAGACGGCCACCGGUGGCCGUUUCGUCUCGCAGUUUCACGUCUCAGGAUGCAAAAGACGCUGUUUCACAGGUGUGCAA